CUGUUAACCUAAACCCCCAAAAUCCUUAAACCCUAAAUUCAAAAUUCCGAUUCCGAACCCCCAAUGGCUCGACUCAUUCGAACCGCUCGAACCGCGCUCCCAUUUUUUGCUUGUUGCGCAUCCAAAACCCUAGUCAAUGCCGUUCAGCGCCACCCAAAUCCUCCGCUGCGGAAGGCAAUCUCAGCCUCUCUCUUCCACAGCAGACAUUACGCUUCUGAAGCACUUUCCCAGUCGCCCAUGGAAGCUAACAUCAUCAGAAUCAUCAGAAACGAAGUGGAGUACCAGUCCGAGUAUGCUCCUCCUCAGCAGCCUGCCACGAAAUUCGAAUCGUUUACCGUCCAAGAUCGACCGGGUGAGCAGUGGAUUACAAUGAGAAGGAGAUUUGGAGACACUGAAGAUAUUAAAAUUGAAGUGACUAUGUUUGAUGGGUAUGAAACUGCUCCCAAAACUGGAGAUGACAGCUCAGGAGAAGAUGUGCGUCUUCACCUUAGUAUGCUUCUUGAUAUUACAAAGGGGGAUGAUUCCAAGGAUUUGGAGUUUCUGUGCUCGGCCUGGCCGGAUCGCUUGGAGGUUCAGAAAGUUUAUGUUCUUAAGCGUGAUCGAAUGCCGGCUAAACCUUAUAUGGGACCUGAUUUCAGGAGUUUGAAUGGAAGGAUUCAACAGAGGUUCAAUGAGUAUUUAGAAGCAAGGGGAGUGAAUGAUGAGCUUUCUGUUUUCUUGCAUCAAUACAUGAUGAACAAGGAUAGAAUAGAACUGAUCAAAUGGCUGGGAAAAGUCAAGUCGUUUGUGGAAAAAUAGAGCGGGGGCGACAUGGAGUAUCCAUGUGUUUGUUUUCUGGAUUUCCGAGUAGCCAAGCUGCAAACGAAGUUUGACACACCCGGAGGCUAUCGGCUAUGUGUCCUUCAUUGGUUUGGAAGAUGAAAUAAUUGAGUAAGGAUUAGGGUUUCGAAACGCCACCAUUUCGUUGAGUUUGGUGAAGAACCCGACACUUGAAUUUUACUUCGAUAGUUUAGUUCCACUACAACUAGUAGUGUUAGUAAGAGACACUUAAACAAUCAAACUGUUCCUAUAGUGUAGUAACAUUCUAAGUGCAAUAAUGUUCCGAGUCUAGAGUUUUCCUCUUUAAAAUGGUGCACUUUAUGGGGUUUUGACUAUGAAAUGGAGUUUGGAUGGGCUUAUUUGCGACGAGCCUUUUUUUAUGGGGU